AUGAAUGCUCCAGGUCCUGUCACCGCCGUGCCCAUCAGGUCAUGGGCGCCGGACCUUUCGAGUGUUGAGACUAGCAGCGCCAAAGCCUUUUUCGCCGCCGUCCUCGAGUCGAUCCUCGCCCGGCUCCCCAAUUCCUGCAAAUCACCCGCCCUGGUCGCUUUCCUCGUCCCGCGGAUCCAAACCUGCGCCCAACGCAUCCAUCGGGAAGCUGGACGCGACCGGGCCAAACGAGCUGCCUCAAAGGCGGACAGCGGUGUCAUGAAGUCCGCCGAGGAAACCCGGAAGAAGAGGGAGUUCUUCUUGGAAACCUUACGUCUGAAGGGGAGGACACGGAAGGCUCAGAAGGCGAUCAAAAGCUUUGAGGCCCUUCUGCUCCACGAGGAGUGCCUACACUUCUCGACGAACAAGACUCAGACGGUGGGGAAUGGGGAUGAGGAGGUAUGGGAAGCCAUCACGACGGGGUACAAAACCCAGAAUAUCCGCCUCACCGAGCCCAACCCCAACAUUCCCAAACAUUCCGGCGCGGAUUGGGAGCUCAUCUCCAGUGUUGAAAACAUUGCAUUCACCCCUCGUUUCCUCCACCAAUGGCGACUGGCCGAGGACAAGGACCCCAUGGACGUAUGGGUGCCCUGCGCGUUCCUCCGCGCUCUCAGACCGUCCCACAUCUGCGUCAGGUACUUUACCGAAAGUGGUCUGGACGAGGAGCCGACAUUCCAACGGCUCAACAAGAUCAUCCAACGAAUCCGUUACAACUAUUACCCGGAGCUGGACAAGCCCCGUACGGAGAACUGGACGCUCAAGUCUAUCACCUACCACGGUCUCUUUCUGAUCAUCCCCCUCUCCGACCCCGCGCCCAGCACCCGGCUCUUCUUCAAUACCGCCGAAGCCAGCUGGCGGAACACCACUGGCAAACCGUGGGAGGUCCAACUUCCUCGCGGGCGGAAUAUAUUGUGCGAGGCGCUGGGGAUGAUGGGGUCGAUGCUGGCGAAGGGUUUGACGGAGGAUCUGGGGGCUGUCCUUGGCUCGGAGUCGGCGGAGGCGCGUCGGGAGAAGGAGAAGGAGCGGGACAAGUAUCUGGAGGGUUCCGAGCGACCUCGGAAGAAGGGAAACGAUAUGUGGAAUGGUAAUGGGGAGGCGGUGAGGGUCAGAGGCAGUGCAGGGGAGGCGUACGUGUUCCAGAGUGGUGGCGGAGGGCUGGGGUGUCUCGUGUGUGGGGACCGGUAA